UUUUUACCAGCAUCUAAGGGACACGGGACCUGAGCUGUCUCCACGUCCUGCAUUGGGAUUUGAACCAUCGAAGAAAGAAUCAACUCCUUACUCCGCAACAGUCCAAAGUCCCAGAAAUGACGCAAUGUGACCUUUGUGAGACUAUCGAGGUAGAGAUACACUGUGAUUCCUGUCUUGUCAAUCUCUGUAAGGCUUGUGUUGGAGUACACAUAAUCUCUGAUGGAUGCACGGACCACAAGCUCAUCAAAUAUCAGUUCAGGAAACCUAACCGCCUCUACCCUGAAUGUAAAUAUCAUAACAAGCAACAUUGUUUAAUGUACUGUAACAAAUGUAGAAUUCCUGUUUGUAAAAUGUGUAUCGCAUCUGGUCAACAUCUAAGUCAUAAGUUGUCAGAAAUUAUGAAAGCUGUGAAUGAAAAAAAGGAUAAAUUAUUCAAAGAACGACAUGAACUAACUGAGACUAUUUAUCCAACCUACCAGCACAUUGCCUCUGAUGUACAAAAUAGAAUGAAUCAUUUGGAAAAGAUAUAUGGAGAUCUUUCUUUAGCAAUAACAGAACAUGCUAGAGCCUGGCACUCAGAAAUUGAAAAACGUUCAUUAAAACUUAAAGCCAAAGUUGAAAAGAUGAAGAAGACACAGUUACAAACGCUGCAGAAACAUCUGGAUGAAAUAAAUAAAAACAUAUCUGACAUAAGGAAUGAUAUCAAAUCAAUUGAAAGAACUAUAGAUGCUGAUGACAUGUCAAAACUAUUAAGGGUCACCUCUAAUGUUCAUCUUUACAGUAAUCUUCCACAGAAAAUAGCUCCUUCUCUACCAAAAUUCAUUCCAGGAGAGGUUCAAGGCGAGGAAUUCGGUGAACUAUUUGGAAUCAUAUUACCAAGUUCUUUAACAUUAGAUGAAAAUGGUUACAGCUUGAAACCAAAAAGGAGAUCAUCAGAAGCUGGAUCCCCUUCUCAAGUCAAACAGCUGCUUGAUGAACCAGAGAUUGUUACAAAUAUAGACACGGGGUUUGAAUACCUUAUCAAUGUGGCAUGUCUGAGUGACAAUGAAAUCUGGACAAGAGGAAACGACAGCACUAUGAAACUUUUUAACAUUAAUCAGGGAUCACUACUCAAGUCAAUCAAAACCAAGUCAGGCAACAUACCAUGGGACAUAGCAGUGACAAGAAGUGGAGAUCUAGUUUACACCGAUGUAAGUGAUAGAACUGUGAACAUUGUGAAGCAUAAGAAGAUUGAAAACGUCAUCAGACUCCAGAACUGGACACCUCGUGGCGUCUGUAGCACUUCCUCUGGUGACCUCCUGGUUACCAUGUGUAGUCAUGAUGACAAACACUCGAAAAUUGUCCGUUAUUCAGGUUCCACAGAGAAACAAACCAUUCAGUAUGAUGAUCACAGAAAACCUCUCUUUUCGAUAUAUACAUGUAUAACUGAGAAUAGAAAUUUGGAUAUAUGUGUCUCCGACAAUGGCAUUAGAGCUAUAGUGGUGGUAAAUCAUGCUGGGAGACUGAGAUUCAGGUACACGGGACAUACACUUCCUCCGAAGAACAGGCCAUUCAUCCCAAUAGGAAUCACCACAGACAGUCAGAGUCACAUUCUUACGACUGAUGAUAAUAACCACUGCGUCCACAUUAUAGAUAAAAAUGGACAUUUCCUCCAAUACCUAGACUGUGAACUGAGUGAACCUGUGGGACUUUGCGCAGAUUUAAAUUAUAAUCUGUUUGUUGCUCAGUGGAGAAAGAGACAAGUUAAGAAAAUCAAAUAUCUGGUCAGAAGCAUCAAGUAUAGAUAAAAAAUGUAUGUUUUUUUCUUGAUGAUAUUUACCAUUGCAUGUACAUGUAUAUCAAAU